AUGUUGAUUUUGUCUCUCUUCAACCAUAUCUCAAAGUACCUUUUAAAUCUAGUUUCAGGUCAAAUAAAACCAAUUGCUAUAUUAAAUGCCGGUUGGAAAUAUGAUAUUACAAAGGAUAUAGCUAAAGAUCCAUCAAAUACUUUACAAUCACCCACGAAGGCGUAUUUGGAAAUAUCUGAUGACAAAAUUUAUCAUGAGUUGAAUAGCAAUAUCAAUUUUGUUGGAGGUGCUACACCUUGGGUAUCUGUACUUUUAUAUCUUUUAACUGCUAUAUCUCAAAUUAUCGCUAAUAGGAAAUUGGAACAAUCUUGUGGAUAUGGUCAUAGAUCUAUACAAGGUGUAAGGUAUGCUUAUUCAACUAAAGGUUAUGGUUGUAAAAAUCCAAAUAAUUUAGAUAAAUCAGGAUCUGAUAUGGAGAAUGUUGUUGAAUUAUUACACCGGUCAAUAUUCCACUAUGAUAUUUUAGAGCAGAAUGAACAAGUUCUUUGUAUUUCAAUAAGUCCACCAGAUACAGAAUGGACUGGAUGGUUAGCUAUUGGGCCUUCAAAAAGUUGGAACAAUAAUAUCUGGUGUGGUCCAAGUGAUAAACAUGAUGCAAAAGGUAACAGAGAUGAUGUGAAUGAACAAGAAAAAAAUCAUUUUGAGAUCCAAAGAUUCGUAACAGAUAAAGAUCUUAAUAAAGAUGGUGUAUCGUUUGAGUAUGACGAAGGUGUUUUGUUUUUAAGUAAUGAUCAAGAAGAUGGUUCGAAUGAUUUGUUAUUUUGGUAA